CUGCGCCAGCCAGCGAUCAACCUAAUUUCUUUGAGAUUAUUUUUGUAUAUAUUAUCCAACCAUUUGAUUUGCAUCAUCACCGACCAGAUUUUCUGACAUCUGGCGUUUAUCUAUUGGCAUUGUUUUCCUUCAUGUACACCUUAUCUUAAAGCUAUGGUUGUUUUCUGCUGCGUGCCAGGUUGUAACCAGCAUGGCUGGACAAUGAGCAAUGGUGACAGGGCUCUGUAUUUCUCAUUCCCAAAGGAUGUUGCAAUGAGGAAACAAUGGUUUAAGAAUGUACGAAUUAUGCCAAGUGACAGUCUAACAAUAUCUGACAGCAGUAAAGUGUGUUGCCGACAUUUUACCAUAUCCAGCAUGCGAAAAACGCUGAGCGGCGUGGUGAGGUUGCGCGGUGGCGCUGUACCCACUGUCUUCUCGUGGACUGCAUCUACAGCGGAACAAGAAGAAAAUGAAAGGCAACUUGAUGAAUUACGACAGUCUUCGCCAGUCACUGAUCAGGUUUGGGGGUCCUACCUCCGAGCUGGUGAUAUGCCACCAAACCUCCCACAAAAUGAAAUUGUACCGUAUCAACCAGAGAGCAGAAUUUUACCUCAUGUUGAGGAAAAGCCGACAAACCAACAGGAACUAAGUGAGGUGACAACAUAUGUGAAAGAAGAACCCACAGAAGUGGAGAUAUUGUCGCACGACCCAGGAAAUAAUUCUAGGUAUUUGAGAUCACAAGAAGAACAAGAAAAGUUCCAUCAGAUGCUAAAUAAAGAACCGAACAUGAUGAAGGAGUCGGUGUGUGAAUCAGGCCGAGUACAACCAACUACGUUACGACACCACGGAAUGACACAACCAGAAAUGCGCCAGGAAUACACACAUGGUUCUGUGUUAAUGCCAGUUUCUGAGGCACCACCAGUGAAACGACAAAUACUGUCUUAUUCUUUUACAGAUAAAGCUCUUAGAGAGAAUCCCAGUACCACUGUUGGCGAGUGUGAUUCACAGAUGCAAAGCGUUGCUCCAGCAACCGUGGAAACUGAACAUGUGGGUACGAGCAAGUCACAGUUGGAAGAGCUAGUUGCGCUCUACAAACUUGCUAAUGAGAAACUUAAGAACGAAAAUGUUCAGCUUGCAGCCAAACAUCGAAGUGAGCUUGCAGCUCUCCAAAGUAGGCAUGAGGUGGAAGAAAUUAAUUUUAAAAUCAGUCUCUUAGAAACCGAAGCAAAAGUGCAGGCACUGGAAAGGAAACGGUUCUGUAUUGAAAAAUUCAAAGACGAUGAUGAAGCAGUUCAUUUUUAUACAGGAUUUAGCAACAUUCAUCAUUUUAAAACUGGGUUUGUGUUUUUUGGUGUGCGUGAAAUGCUACCAUUGUGUUCGCGACAGAAUAUCAAAACUUUGGAUCAAUUUUUUCUUGUUAUGUGUAAAUUGAGGCUUGGACUCGCUGAUAUGGAUCUGGCAGAGCGGUUUGAUAUCUCUCAGGUGACCGUCAAGAGUAUAUGUGCCAAAUGGUUUGGUUUAAUGAAGGAGACUGGUGUGUGGGUUGGCGGUAGAGAUGACAAUUCAGGAAUUCCACUCCAAUCUACGAGUCAGUUGUCAGAGUCUAUAGUCAAGGAGAUCACAACUAGAACAAAACAAUCAAGUUCAGCUGUUCAUGAGUCAGUUGGAGAUGGAAACGAUUCUUUGAAGCGUGGAGCAGAUCCAUUUCCUGUUAUGCUGCACACUUCCCACAAGGAACGAACAGAGGAUGAUAUAGUACAUAUUACAGAUGUUCAACAGGGUGUGCCUUCUAAACGACCACGUCGGAAUACAUCCAAAUGAAUAUAACUCUUAGUUACUUGAAUUAUCGAUGGUCCUAUGGGAAUUAUGUGAUACUUUAUUGAUGAACAAAAUAAUUGCCAGCUAUAAUUACCAAAAAUGAUUGUUAGCAAAAGAAUAAUUAUGUCAUCGCUAUCAUGGAUCUGAAAGUGCUUCUAUUGUCAUGACCUGUGGGUCCCAUAUUAACAAAGUUGUUGACUGCAAUUUUUGCGCAGAUCCACAUGUACAAA